AUGACACACAUUAAUGGUAGACGAAAAACCCUGACAGAAUUCUCUGCCAUUUUAAAAAAUGCACGAAGUGCACUAAACCCAUCACCGGUUUCGGUGGGUGCAAAUUUAUCUCCUUCGAGGACCGCCACUGGCAUUCUGAAUGCUUCCUAUGUGGCAAAUGCAAUUGUAACUUGGUCGGCCGCGGUUUCCUCACCAGCGAUGACAUGAUCAUGUGUUCGGAUUGCGGACGCUAACAUCACCCCGGCUGCAAUCGAAGUGCAGCACCUCAGUCUCUGUGACCUUGUCGUGCAAUAGAGUCAUGGCCUCGGGCUGUCUCGUAUCAGCUAGCAUGUGCAGAAGCGUGACCGUGACUAGAUUCAACUUUACUUUUUCUUAAUCACCCACGGUGCUCCACUGUUUCCCUCCUCUCUGUGUACCUUGUCACAGCUUUCAUGUAGUUCCCCACAUUGCCAACUUCCGCUCACUUAACGCGCUGUUUCUACUGACUGGUCGUGCAUGUAUCAGAGCCGUCUUCAUGCCUCGCGACAUUCAUACUGUGCUUGUUUUUAGGCCUCAUUAUGUGAGACCGCUGUGUGCGCUAUCUAGUCCAACUUGUCGCUCCGUUUCAUACUUCGACAUCAUUUCUUCCCCCUACUCAACUGGAAAUAUCCUAUGUUAGGAUCUGUCUUCCAUUCACUAUGUCUGCUGAUCCAUUUCUUUUCUUUUCGUUACCAUCCCUCCUGCUUCGCCCUCGGAUUUCCUCCUUGCUUGUAUAUCUUGCCUCGUUUAUAACCGGACUUCACUCGGUUGCCUCCCACCUUGCUCCAUCUUCUAAUUUUUUGUGCAACACAUUGUCAACCGACGAAUCACGUGGCCUCAUUUGCAUCAAGCACUAGUUCCGUUGGCGCCCGAUGCUCCUGCGGUUAAUCGGCAUUUAGAGACACUUUCACAGGCCUCCUUAUUCUUUUCUUUACGCCAACCGGCACCCGCUUAACCACUGUGUGUAAUUCAUCGCACCAUUGACACGCUCGCCCGCCUCAUCCAGAACGGAGCGACUUUUCCCACUCCAAAUCGACCAGCGUAUGCAAUCCCACCCAGCACGCAGUGUGUUCACCGCUUUGUCCUCUGAGUUCCUUCUCACGUCAUCGUCUCUCUGCCACUCCAUGUCCGCCGUCCGAUCGAUCCCACUCGAUCACAGCUCACGCGAAGACCGUGAUACUAACGCGCAUUAUCAUCACUCCCAGUUCUUCCCGACCACACGCACACACCAGCCAAACUAGUUUUAAUUUUCCUGAUUUUGCUUCUACGAUCUGCAAUGGUGGUGUCUUAUCACAGAUACAGGCGCGUACAUUUGAAUUCGUUCUUCUUUAUCGCCUAUUCAGUUACCAUUGCGCGGGCUCAUACCCGACCCCCAACUUAACGGCUACCACUGUCCAACAUGUUCUCGUGUUUUCCCUCCGAAUAAGCUGAACUCUGCAACGAGUUUAAAUGCCGGUAGCUCGGGUUGGCGAUUGUAGUCUUGAUUGGUUCUCCGGGCUGCGCGAUUGGAUUACAGACAUUUCAUCACCAAUCUUGGUGACACCUUCAUUGUCCUAGUUCGGGCAUUCCAG